CUCAAGUUCCAAAACCCCAAGUUUAAGAAUACCAUAAAAGCCUAGAGAGCGAGAGAGAGGAGAGAGGAGAGAGGAGAUAGGAGAGAGAGAAACGGCAGUGACCGAGAGAGGGAGCGAGCCAGAGAUGGGAAGAUCCACGGCGUCUUGCUUCAAGAUCAUCACGUGCGGCGGCGGCGACAAUGCCGGCGACAAAGACGACGCCGGAGCUCCCGAGAGCAACAGUUCCAACGACAAACGUGGGUGGAGUUUUCGGAAAAGAUCUGCCAGGCAUCGAGUGCUAAGCAACACUGCGAUUUCAGAAACUCCUCCUUUGAGCAAGGACUGCCCAGAAACUGCUAAUGUCAACUUGCAAGUUCAGCCAAACACAACUUCUCCAGAGAAAACCUCUGAAUUGCCAUGGGAAGAUGAGAAACCACAAUUGUCGACCUCAGUGAAUCUCAAAGUAUCUGAUGCAAAACAUGAUUCAAAGGAUGAUGAAUUGCUUUACAUCAACCCAGAUGAAUCUGUUGCAAUUGCCAUCCAAGCUGUUAUCAGAAGAUUUCUGGCUCAGAGAAAAUUGCUGAAGCUUAAGAAUGUGGUCAAGUUGCAAGCUGCUGUACGUGGGCACUUGGUCCGAAGGCAAGCUGUGGGAACUUUGCGUUGUAUUCAAGCCAUUAUCAAGAUGCAAACACUUGUUCGUAUGCGUUGUACUCGCCUUAUAUCUGAAGGGUCAAGUAUCAUGGGGAAUUCUGAUGGGGAUCUUGCCAAUGAUUGCCAUGGUUCAAAAAUCUUGGAAAAGGGGAAUCCAGUAGCUGAACCGAACAUAGCGCACUCUUCAAUUGAAAAACUGCUUAAAAAUAAAUUUGCUCAUCAGCUACUGGAGUCAACGCCGAGGACUAAACGCAUUCACAUUAAGUGUGACCUUUCUAGAUCUGAUUCAGCUUGGAAUUGGUUGGAGAGGUGGAUGUCUGUUUCUUCAAUGGGAUCAAUGGGAAUUGAACAACCACACAAACACGAGUCCAGAAUUGAGCUACAGGAAGACAAGGUUGAGAGUUCUGCCUGCCUUGAAGAAACUGGAUUUCCAUCUGAAGAUCAUGAAUCAACAGAUUUUAAGGCUAGUGGCAGGGAAAUAGAAGUGCCUUCUAAUUGUGAAGACAAUUUGAUAACUCCUGAUACAAACAACUUUGACUUUCAAGCAGGCCAACCAACCUCAUCUUCCAAAACUGAUAAUCCAGAGCCUCCUCAGCCUGAGAACUCAGGCACAUCACAUUCAAAACAGAGCUCAACUGACUUUGAUCAAGAUAAACAAUCAGAUUUUAUUUCUCAGGUCAAGCCUAAGCAUAUCACUGGUAAGUCUGACACUGAUGGUGAGCAGUCUACGCGCUCUGUGAAAAGAUCUGCUCCUGAACAAAUGGAAUCUGAGGGAAAGAAGUUUGUUUCUGGGGCAAGAAGGGCAGUUAACCCUUCAUUUAUCGCUGUUCAUUCAAAAUUUGAAGGACUGAGUUCAACAACCAAUUCAGCAAGAUUAACUAGUACCAAUGAUCAAGAUGUUGGGUUUGGAUCAAACUCGGACACAACAGAAAACACAAUCAAGACAAGAGAGAUUGGCCUGGCAGAGAACUCAGGAUUGCAUCCCUCAAGGGUUAGAGUAGGCUCUGAAUGUGGGACGGAGCUUUCUAUUUCUUCCACUCUUGAUUCCCCAGAUAGGUAUGAGACUGAAGCGAAUGUUGAGCAGGCUUCUGAACUCUCUGAUAGAAAGAGCAACCCAAAAGGCACUAAAAACCUAUACGUUGAUGCAAAUGGUGAGACUAAUUUCACAGAAUCUGAUUUAUCCAAUUCCAGCUUGGUUCAGCCAGAUAAACUUGACCAGAAUAUUAGCAGUCGAAUUGGGGAACCUGACAAUACUAAGGGUAUAAAGGGUAAGCCUGAUGAUAUCAGUGGUGCUAAUGGCGAACCUGUUAUUUCAGUUUCAGCUGUAGAUACCUUAGAGGAAAAGCAGAACUUGGAGCCAAAUGCAUCUUACGUGCAGCAGACAGAGCUGGACAUGGAGCUGGAUCAUCAGAUUUCAGAGAGGGAUGUGUCUAAGGUGCAGACAGAGCCGGACAAGGAGAUGGGUCAACAAAUGCACAAGUCAUCACCUGUAGUUUCUCCAAGAAGCCACAUUACUGUACCUGAAUCCCAAGGAACACCUUCUAGCCAGAUAUCUAUGAAAACUGAGAAGAAUAGAAGUGAUAGAAGUGCAUCUAAACAGAAACACAAGGCUUUGUCAUCUGGUAAAAAAUCUCCUUCAAAACUUAACCAUGAUUCUGGUGCAAGGAGUACUUUGGAACAAGUGCCUAAAGAACAAAAAGCUGGCAAGAGACGAAAUUCUUUUGGCUCUGGGAGACCUGAUUAUGGUGAUCAGGAGCCAAGAGAUAGUGAUAGCAGUAAUUCACUCCCAAAUUACAUGCAAGCUACAGAAUCUGCAAGAGCCAAAGCUCUGGCAAAUAGCUCUCCCAGAUCAAGUCCAGAUCUGCAAGACAAGGAUGUUUACAUCAAGAAGAGACAUUCCUUACCUGGUGCAAAUGGAAAGCAGGGAUCUCCUCGAAUCCAGCAGGCUAUGUCUCGAGCACAGCAAGACGCUAAGGGAAAUAGUCAUGUUCAUGAGAGAAAGUGGCAAAGGUGAAGAAGAUACAUAGUAUAAGAAGAAGCAGAGCAGCCAAGGUCCGGAAAGGGAAGAUUGAGUUACUUGAGGCUGGCUAUCUGUCCCAUAGAAAGUAUAUCUGAUUGUUGGCACUGGCAUGUGCUUUGGUUUGCUACCAUAGAAGACUUAACGGGGGAGAUUUUGUGUAAAUUUCUUUGAUGACCAGUGUCUUGAUAACAUUAUAUUCUCUCUCUAUUCUACUGUUGAGAUCUCUAGUUCAAAGGUUUGGUUGUGUGUUUGUGAAAUAGUACCUACCAUAGCAUGUUUGACAUAAUCUUGAGUUUGUUGUAAGAUGGUUUAAGGCUUUAAGGCUUGAAAUCUUCAUUUUCUUUC